GACUGCUGAUACUAAGAGGACCACCGCUGUGGACGAGGCUACCGUCGAUAAGAGGACUACCGCCACGGACGAGGCUACCGUCGAUGAGAGGACUACCGCUGUGAACAAGACUACUGAUACUAAGAGGACCACCGCCGCGGACGAGGCUACCGUCGAUAAGAGGACUACCGCUGCUAAGAGGAUUGAUACGAGCAGUCAGACAGUCCUACUAUUCGGUCUGGAAGUGGACGACACUUCUCGGAGGAGCUUGUCAAGGAAGAAGAUUCGGAAGCUACUAAAGAGGACGAGGAAGAUACCGGACAGCCAGGCAGAAUCGAGAGAGGCGGACUUUGAGGACCUUGUUACUCCUUCCUGCGACUUUGACUGGCAGGAAGAUAAGUGGAAAAAGAAGAUAGGACCAACACGAGGUAGAUCCCUUCAUUCCAACGUCGCCGUUAUGGCUGGCGGAAAUGGCAGUUGUGAGAAAUGUGACAGCAUCAGACGAUGA